UUCAGUUUAUAGUUUUAGCCGCAGUUGAACGGACGUGCAGUCGGUCCAACUAAUAGUACGAUUUCGGUGCCACUCAAACCUACACUUAAAGAAGCUGGUUUUUACAAAAUGAAUAUCCUCAGUCUAUCUCUGAUGGUGGUCCUGCCGGCCAUCGCCUUGGCGGGUCUGUGCGCUGUUGAACCCGACCCAAGCUUAUUAGAUAAGAGAAUAAAUCUCUACAAGGGCCAACAGAACUUUGCCGUAUCCAUGCUAGAUGUCAUCCGGCAGAGUACUCCCAACGAAAAUGUCUUCUUCUCGCCGUACAGCACUUAUCACGCUCUGCUCCUUGCUUAUUUUGGAUCCUCUGGUGAAACAGAGAAGGAGCUGACUAAGGUGCUUCAUUUAGAUUGGGCUGAAUCCAAGGAAGUGGUGCGCAGCGCUUAUGUUGUGGAGAAGAAGAGCCGCAAGGAGCGACAGAGCAAUAUGCCUCUGGAGUUCUCUUCCGCCGACCGUAUAUUCUUUGCCAAUGAUUUGCAUUUGACCAACUGUGCAAAGAACCGUCUAGCUGAGGAAAUCCAACAGCUCGACUUCAAGAGCCAGCCGGAGGAGUCGCGCAAGAAUAUCAACGAUUGGAUUGCUAACCAAACUCACGAUCAAAUCCGCGAUAUGCUGAGUGCUGAUGAAAUUACUCCCCGUACUCGAUUGGUUCUUGCUAACGCUGCCUACUUGAAGGGUCAGUGGCUCAGCCAGUUUAAAAAGGAAAAGACAGUUCCUAUGCCCUUCUACACAUCUCCGUCGAACUUUUCUCUGGUUUCCAUGAUGCAGCAAAAGGGAACCUUCUUGUUAAACGUCGAUGAGCAGCUUCGCGCCCACGUGCUUCAGCUACCUUACCGCACCGUCUUCGAGUCACAGGAGAAGCCAGAUAGUCUGCCGGAUGAGAACUCGGACAUCUCUAUGGUGCUUAUCCUGCCGCCUUUCAAUAGCAAUUCUUUGGAAGAUGUGCUUUCCCGAUUGAAUGCCGAUACCCUCGAUGAUUCGCUCAAGCAGGCCAUGCCCCGCGAAAUCGAAGUUUCGCUUCCCAAAUUCGAGUUCGAACAGCGCCUGGAACUGAAUCCAAUCCUUGCCAAAAUGGGACUGAGCAAAAUGUUUGACGAGUCCAAUGCUACCUUUGAUGAUUUGACAUCCGAGACUAUUUCCAUCGGCGAUUCCAAACACGUGGCCAAGAUCAAGGUUGACGAGGAAGGAAGCACAGCGGCUGCUGCCACAGUUCUCUUCACAUACCGCUCGGCCAGGCCGGUGGAGCCGGCCAAGUUCGAGUGCAACCACCCGUUCCUAUUUGUCAUCUAUGAUCGCACCUCAAGAUCAAUCCUAUUUACGGGCAUCUAUCGUGAUCCUAAAACAAUGAAGCUGUAAAUUAUAGGUAGCUUACAGGUACUAACUACAACUUUGCAAAUAACCUAACCAAAUUAUUUUUCGACUGUUAAUGACGAUAUAAACUUUAUAACAUACUUAAACGAUAAUAAAUUAUACCCAUAACAAGAAAGCGUA